AUGCUUCACACCCACAUCUUUCUUCUAGCCAUUCUUUUCUUCACAACUAUCUUUGCGACUCCUAUUCAAAUAAAACAGAAACGCUCCUUCAAAGUCCCUCGAAUACAACAACAUAACUACAAGCCAAAUGGUAGAGCUGCAUAUCGAAAGGCAUUGUUCAAAUUUGGAUUUGGGGACAUCGAGUUCUUACCCGACGGGGAGGUGGCCACGAGAAUCAAAGCAGCCACUGAGGCUCAGCUUGACGAAACAGAGGACGGGGAGACCAGUGCUUCGCCCACGCAAAAUGAUGCCCAGUUCCUGUCUCCGGUGACUGUCGGGGGACAAACUUUGGUCAUGAACUUUGACAGCGGCUCAUCAGACACAUGGGUCUUCAACACCAACCUACCCGCCAGCGACCAGCAAGGCCAUACGAUAUAUGAUCCUACCAAAUCGUCCACCUUCCAAAACACAUUGCAGGGCAGUACCUUCAACAUUUCUUAUGGCGACGGCUCCUCCGCUUCCGGUCCCGUGGGCGUUGACGAGGUCGACAUUGGCGGCGCCACUGUGUCUGCUCAAGCAAUUGGCCUUCCAGAUAACGUAGCCCAAAGUUUCGUGACAGACUCUGCUUCGAACGGACUUGUUGGUCUUGCCUUCUCACAACUCAACACCAUUCGACCCAAUCCACAAAAGACAUUCUUCGACAAUGUUCUACCGGACCUUACGCUCCCAGUAUUUACUGCGCAAUUGAAAUCUGGCGCUGUAGGCUCCUACGAAUUUGGCAACAUCGACACCUCAGCGUUCACCGGCCAGCUGGCCACUGCGCCCGUCGACUCGUCGAAUGGGUUUUGGCAAGUCGACUCCACGAGCGCCGCCGUGCAAGGGCAGUCCGUCGACAUUUCUGGUGGCACAGCCAUUCUCGACACAGGCACAUCGCUCAUGCUCGUGCCUGACGAAAUGCUCACUGCCUAUUGGGGCACCGUCGACGGGGCACAGGUCUCACAAGACGCGGGUGGGAUUAUCUUUCCGUGCGACGCACAAUUACCGGAUUUGCAGGUGGCUAUUGGAGACCAUAUGGCCACGGUGGAAGGGGACGGGAUGAACUUUGCGAACGUGGGUGCCGACACCCAGACAGGGGAAGAGUUCUGCUUCGGCGGUCUUCAGUCCAACCAGGGCCUCCCCUUCGCCAUCUACGGCGACGUUUUCUUCAAGUCUCAAUUCGUCGUCUUUGACGGCUCGGCGCCUUCAAUUAGCGUUGCGCCGCACUCUUAG